GCCAUAUAAGCUCUGUAGUAAGUAUAAGGCCCCUUAAAAACAUUAUUUUGUAUCCUUGUAUCUGGUUUUUUUACUUUCACUUUUCAUUUCCUCCUCUCUAUUUUCCCCUUCUGCUACAUCUCUCCUUAUCUCUUCCACCAUAUUUGUAAAGUCUAGUUUGCUGUCCUGUGCAAAUACUCGGUCCCUUUCCUUCCUUCUCUUCUUUUCCGGUGUGUCUCCCCCUGCUUUCUCCCUUUCCCUUCUCUGUUCUUCCUUUCUUCGCUCUGUGGAUUCCCCAUCCCCAGUCUCUCUGGAUGAAUUCAUCUCCUUCCAGCCUCUCUCACAUACUCUCCUACUGCCCUUCCCCAAACCACUUUUGCCCAUGCACAUGCCUGCUUGAUUCACCUCCCCCCCUCCAAAUCAUCUCUCCCUCCUACACGCUUCCCACCCAGGCACAUGCAAAAUUCCUUAUCAAAGGUUCCCCCCCCCGAAGCAGCUAAAAGCUCUCCCCACAACACAUGCAACCUCCCCCCAUCCCCGCUCGCAUGCACAUACAUGUAGGCUCCUCUCUGCACUUCCCAAAAUAUGUAGCCCCCACCCCGCUUUCAGAUGGGGUCCCCUCUCUCCAGCUCCCCAGUGCCCAGGGUUCUCUCAUCUCUUGCUCCUGACCGAGUUCCCUCUCUGCCCCCCCAUCCUUCUCUGCCACAAACUCCCCCCAUCCCCCGGGUUGAUCGUCCUGCGAAUUACAGGGCAGCUCCCCCCGUUCCUCUUUGGCUGGUUGCAGGAGGGGGCUCCUCCUCCCUCAGGCAGGACCCGCCUCCGAGCUGCAGGUGGCUGCUGAGAACAGGAAGUUGCCACUGUUCAUCUAGUUAAUUUCACACUCGUGUCACUAAGGUGCUGUGUGACGGGGCUAGGAGCGGGGAAUCUCAGCCUGGGAUCACUCACCCAUCACACAGACAGCUGGGGACUCCUCACCUCACCAUCCCAUUCCGGAUUAUUCAUACAGACCAGAGCGGACCUUGCUUUAAAAGUGCAGCUGCCUGAGCUGAGAGGUGAUAACAGGAGCUCGGGAGAUUUUUUUUCUUUUUCUUUUUAAACUCCCGUUUCCUCUUAUACUUCGAAGGAUCUUGGGGUUUUUUUGGUGGGCGUGAAAUUUACAGCUUUCCAGCCAGGGAGGUGUCCAUUUUUGCCCCCAUCUCCUCUCCCUGUUAAUAAGAGCAGGACUUGGCCAGGCGACACAGAUGACUUCCACCCAUAAGGAUCCGGAGUUGGACUUACAGCAGGGGGACCAUGACCCAGAUCGAAACGUCAGCUCGCAGGAGGAAUUCGACUUUUCGAUAUUAUUCGAUUAUGAUUAUGAUUACUUGAAGUGUACAGAAGAAGAAUCGACUCCUUCACAUAAAACCAACAGCCCACCCACUGGAGUUACAUACCCUCAUGAUGAUGUCUUGGACUAUGGCCUCAAGCCAUACAGCCCCCUGGCUUUUCCUAGUCUUUCUGCAGAUCACAUGGGCAGAUAUGGACAGCCAGAUAGCAUAGGGUCAAAAUGCAACUUGGACCCUGUAAAGCCUGGGGCCUCUGCUUUGAGCCCUAGGAUUGAGAUCACUCCAUCCAAUGAACUGACUAAUUCAAGGGUUCCCUUGCACAGCAGAGACACAGAUCUUUUGGUAGAACAUCAGUCCAACUCAGCCACCGCUAGCCCAAGGUUUACACUGCCUGUCCCUGGCCAUGAGGGCUACAGAGAACCGCUGUGUUUGAGCCCAGCUAGUAGCGGCUCAUCUGCAAGUUUCAUUUCAGAGACAAAUUUCUCUCCUUACACAUCACCAUGUGUUUCACCAAAUAAUGGCCCUAGUGAUGACCUUUGUCCACAGUUUCAAAACAUCCAUACUCAUUAUUCCCCUAGAACCUCGCCAAUAAUGUCACCACGAACAAGCAUCACAGAGGAUACCUGCUUGGGACCACAUUCACCAUCACCCCGUCCCAACUCAAGGUCGUCAUCACCAGGUGCAAAACGGAGGUACUCUUGCACUGAGCUCUGCAACACUCAGCCGCCUUCCACUUCUCCACGACAGUCAAGGACCCCUUCUCCACAAGCCUCUCCUCACAUCCCGUUGAGAGAAGACAGCUCUUUGCUCACUUACACCCAGUUGCCCAGCUCUUCUAGUCUCAUGGAUGCUAUGAACAACCUUAGCACAGAUCCUCCCUGUGGUGUUCCCAUGAAAAUUUGGAAAACCAGCCCUGAUCCCCCAUCAGUGCCUUCCCACAAAAACAGCAUUCCAUGUCACGUCUUUCAGACUGUUGAUUACCUUGGGCCUUGUGAUCAGGAAGACAGGAGAAACUCAGCACCUGAAUCCAUUUUGUUAGUACCUCCGUCUUGGCCAAAGCAGCUGGUGCCUGCAAUUCCCAUCUGCAGCGUACCUGUUGCAUCCCUCCCACCUCUUGAGUGGCCACUCUCCAAUCAGUCUGGCUCUUAUGAAUUGUGCAUUGAAGUGCAGCCAAAACCUCACCAUCGGGCACACUAUGAAACAGAGGGGAGUCGAGGGGCAGUCAAAGCACCAACGGGGAGCCAUCCUGUGGUCCAGCUUCAUGGUUACAUGGAGAACAAACCCCUGGGUCUUCAGAUCUUCAUUGGGACAGCCGAUGAACGGAUACUUAAACCUCAUGCUUUCUAUCAAGUCCAUCGCAUUACGGGCAAAACUGUUACCACCACCAGCUAUGAGAAAAUCAUAGGCAACACCAAAGUUCUAGAGAUCCCCCUGGAGCCCAAAAACAACAUGAGAGCAACCAUUGACUGUGCAGGGAUUUUGAAGCUGAGGAACGCGGACAUCGAACUGCGGAAGGGGGAGACGGACAUUGGUAGGAAGAACACCAGGGUGCGGCUUGUCUUCCGUGUGCACAUCCCUGAAUCCAGUGGCAAAAUAGUCUCUUUGCAAACGGCAUCUAAUCCCAUCGAAUGCUCCCAAAGAUCUGCUCAUGAGCUUCCAAUGGUUGAAAGACAAGAUAUUGAGAGCUGCCUAGUUUACGGUGGACAGCAGAUGAUCCUGUCUGGUCAGAAUUUCACAGCAGAGUCUAAAGUUGUAUUCACUGAGAAGACAUCAGAUGGUCAGCAGAUCUGGGAGAUGGAGGCGACAGUGGAUAAAGAUAAGAGCCAACCUAGCAUGCUUUUUGUAGAGAUACCAGAGUAUCGGAACAAGCACAUCCGUACACCUGUGAAGGUGAAUUUCUAUGUCAUCAAUGGGAAAAGAAAAAGAAGUCAGCCACAGCAUUUUACCUAUCACCCAGUACCAUCAAUCAAAACAGAGCCCAUUGAUGACUAUGAUCCAGCUUUAAUCUGCAAUACAGUACACAGUGGUCUGGGAACAGUAACACAGCCUUACUAUUCACAGCACACAAUGGUCACCGAAUCCCCUUCCUGUCUUGUGGCCACUAUGGCUUCCUGCCAGCAGUUGCAUUCAGGCCUGUCUUCUACUGAUUCUCGAUAUCAUCAGCAGAACCCAGCAGCUGUAAUAUACCAAAGAAGCAAAAGUCUCAGUCCUAGCCAACUAGGCUACCAGCAGUCCAGUUUGAUGGCCACACAGGUUUCCAUUUCAGAUGCACACAGGUCAGUGCUGGUGCAUGCUGGUUCCCCAGGCCAAACCUCAGCUGUGCUCCACCACUCUCCAGCCAGUCAACAAUCUUCUCCCGUGAUUCACUAUUCUCCAACCAAUCAGCAGCUGAGGUGUGGAAGCCAUCAAGAAUUCCAGCAUAUCAUGUGCUGUGAAAAUUUUACCUCUAAUGUAGCAAGACCCAGCCAGCCUCAGGUCAGUCAAGCACAAAGGAUAACUCCAAGUUCAUAUCCUACCGUGAUUCAGCAGCAGACAGCCACCAGCCAGAGAGCAGCAAAAAAUGGACCACCCGUUAGUGAUCAGAAAGAAGUGUUACCAGCCGGAGUCACUAUUAAACAGGAACAGAACCUGGACCAAGCAUAUCUGGAUGAUGAGCUGAUAGAUACACACCUUAGCUGGAUACAAAACAUUAUAUGAAACAGAAUGACUGUGAUCUUUGAUCCAAGCAAUCAAAGUAAAAGUUAAUGAAAUUAUCAGGAAGGAGUUUUCUGGACUCCCUGCCAGAAAUCAGACAUAGAAGAAGAGAUUUGUGAGACAACUUUUACUGA